AUACAACAGCUUGCCUGUUAAGAAACAAAAAACUCUAUUUCACCUUCAUUACAUGAACUAUUAAAGAAAUCGUUCUCUUGCUUGCAUGGUCGGGCAUGCAAAUUAUUGUCAAGCUGUUAAGUCAACUGUGAAAACUUCCUUUUUCUGAUUGUGACUCCAGAUAGGAUACACCCGCUAAGAGAGUUAGUCAUAUGUGAAAAUGAGGGUUCGUACAGUCUGCUGGUUGUUUUUCCUGGCCAUAGCAAAAGGUUGCAACAACCCAAACCCCUUCACACUAGAACCCACUCAGCUGACGGCUAAAGAGGGGUCCUGCGUUGAAAUCAUAUGCAAAGUCACAAAAUCUAUUGUUAAUAAUGGACAAACGUACUGGUUUUGGAUGAAAGAUCCAGUAUAUAAUAUGACAAAGAAAGAUUUUGACGCCACCAUUAUAUACAGUAGUCAAGAGUCCGAACGUCCCGUCAGUCCAGACUUUGCAAACCGAACAACAUAUAUUGACUCUUCAAGUUGGAAGAGUAUUCCAGCACGCAUUUAUGAUUAUUCGCAAUGCAGUAUUUUGAUCUGCAAUCUGAAUAAAACAGACAGCGGAAACUAUUCUUUUAGAUAUGUGGACAAACAAAAUAAAUGUAAUACAUGGGCUACUAAGCCAGAGGCCAAUCUCACAGUAGUGGACAACCCAUGCCCGAUCACGUUUGAGAAGCAGCCUGUUGUGACGGAAAAUAACACGAUAACCCUCAGAUGUGCCACUUUGAGUUCAUGUCCUUCAAGCCUACAAAUUCAGGGUUUGACACCACCGCUGCCACACAAUCUUCAGAAGAAUUCAGAGGAGUUCAAAGUCAUCACACACAGCUUUAACGCCACCUGGGAGGACAACGGGAGAGUGUUGUCAUGUCAAACUCAAGAUACCAUCGACAAAUAUCUGAUUCAGAAUAUCACCCUGACUGUUGAAUAUCCUCCUAAAGGCAUACGGGCUGUGAUAAGCUCCAACACUCCAAAGGAGGCAGAGCCUGUGACUUUCACAUGCUCUGCCAGAGGGACACCUGCAGUCAUCUUCACUUGGUUUAAAGUAGGACAUGGCGGUCACAAAAAUGUGUUUUCAGGGGCCAAUUGGACAAUCGGAUCAAUCAACGAUUCACUGAAUGGAUCAUACUAUUGUCAAGCUAAAAACGAACAUGGAGAGCAGCAAUCAAAUGUAGUCACAAUUGAUGUACAAUAUUGUCCCGAUGUCGAGAUACUGAUUCAACCAGAGACACAGCUUUCGGAUGACAAACGCUAUGAAGUUGGAGAAGGAUAUACAGUUGCUCUUAUAUGUAAUGUGAUUAGAGCCAACCCACCGCCUCACACAUUUAACUGGUAUAAAGGUUCAACUCUUGUUUAUACACAUACAGAUGCCUAUCAUAUCAAAAGCAUAAAGCCUGAAGACAGUGGCUUCUACACAUGUGAAGCCAGUAACACUGUGGGUUCAAGAACAUCACAGGGACGUCAGCUUAAUGUUUUAUACAAGCCAAUGAACACCAGAAUUUCCGUCCAGGGUGCUGUUAACAACAUGGUGACAGUUGGCAGCAGUGUCACAUUCAAAUGCAAUACUGAUGCAUAUCCAAAUGAUGUAGAGAAAUCCUUGUACAGUUUCAAACAGACUGACCCUUCACAGUGGACAGCCAUAACAAGCUGGACGAUGUUGGUUCAAAGAACAGAUGAAGCAUGCUACAUAUGCAAUGCAUCAAAUAAAGUUGGUAAAGGGAAUAUAAGCAAGCCAGAAUGCAUACAAGUACUGUUUCCUCCUACGAAAGUCAACCUGUCUAUGGAUAGCCUGGUCACGGAAGGACAGAACAUGACUGUCAACUGCACUGCUGAAAGCAACCCAAAAUCAAAUUUCAUCUUUAAAAGAUUGUCAGGAGGGAAAAAUUUACAGCCCGUCAUCCUACGGCCCGUCAGCGGAAAACCAAAUACUUACCAGCAUACAUUUACAGUGACUUCAACCGACGCAGGCGUUUAUAAGUGUGAAGCCUCAAACAACCUAGGAACAAACAACAGCAUGCACAGGAAACUGGUGGUGAAAUAUGCUCCCAAAGAGGUGAAAGUAGAAGCCAGUCAGUCUGGUUUUGUUGUGAACGAAAACCAGAACUUCACCCUGAACUGCAGAGCAAAUUCCUUCCCAAACAUGACUUUUGUCACCUGGACAAAGAUGACUAAUGGGAAGGAUGAACCCAUCCCAGACGCUCAUCAGGCUUCUUUCUCUGUGCAGUCUGCCAGUCCCUCGGACAGCGGACUGUACAGCUGCACAGUCGCAAAUGAAGUUGGACGUAAUAAAUCACAGCAAGUUGAGAUUAAAGUCAAGUAUGCUCCAAAACACAUAAAGAUCACUCAAGGUCCAGUGCAGCAGCGGGUUGAUGGGAAACGUUUUGUGAUUCUGAGUUGCAGCAGUCACUCCUAUCCUCCAGUCGAAUAUUCAUGGUACAAUAAAGUGGAGAUGGGCAGCACUAAGCUUAGCAAUGGACAGAACAUUACAGUGGAAGAGUCAACACAACAACUGGGAGAGUACUACUGCAUUGCAAAAAAUGAGAUAAGCAGCAAAGAGUCAGAAGUAGUCAUUCCGUUUGAUGACAGUGCCAUGAAGGUCGUGAAGCUCUUCUUUUUGUCUUGUUUUAUUUUGCUCUUUCCACUUUUAAUGUUCUUAGUAUGCAGACAGAGGACAAACAAAUCCAGACGACGGCCAACUGUGAACACAUGGCCCUGUUUUGGUUUUCUGGCUUGGUGGAAUCGAAAAAGGAGCAUUAAUCAGAUGAAUGAGACUCGUUUGGUUGAGCCUUCCAGGAGCAGAGAUGACCUCUUACCAGACCAGCCAUGCCGUGCAAGGGGCCAACAAUGGCAGCCUCAUCCAGACAGAACGCCUGCCCUUCCCAUCAACACUGUUUACUGCACUGUGAAUUUACCUAAAGGACAACAGGCUCCCUCUGCACAAAAGCCAAAGAUAACGAAUGGAGGACACACGGAGAGCGAUUCUCUCAACUAUGCUUCUCUACAGUUUGUGAAUAAGCAAAAGACACCAGAAGAUGUGUAUGCUCGAGUGUCAAAGUCGAAUUCAUCAGAAGAGAAAGAACAAGAAAAUCUGGGGGACUACGAGAACGUUAGUGCAGCAUGUGCAGCCAGACCUCCUAGUCUGUAUGAGUCCGACGACACGGACACCAGUGAUGAAGAAGUGACGGUCAACUAUUCACAGGUGAUCUUUAAGCCAAAGUUUGGACAACAGAGAGCUAACAGACUCUCCAGCAGCUCUGCAGAGGAGACUGAAUACUCCGAGGUCAAAAUCUGAGUUAAGAUAUUUCUGUCCUUCAAGGAUAUCCUAAAAUAUGUUCAUAAACAAUCACCAGGGUUAGUACAGUAAAUUGUGUCUGGAUAAAUGUACAUAAAAAUAUGACAAAAUGCCAGUUAUUUUUUUCUGAUAUAUGUUACAGCACCUGUAUGUAUAAAGUUGUAUUUCAUAAUCUGCUUUAGCUUUUUUUUUACUCCAGUUGCAAUUGCUUUUUUUUUAAAAUAAAUGUAGACAUAUUUAUGUAUUUUACCUAAAACACAAAGUUAUCAAUAAAAAAAAAUGUUAAACAAG